AUGGAGCCCCAGCUUCCCCGGGACUUCGCAACCCGCCAGCAGCCCGUUGCAAAUACAUACAUCAUGAAUGCAAUCGCCACGUCGGGCCGCUUGUCGCCCACCUCGGAGCGGCGCGCCACCGACCUAGACAAAUGGCUUUGCUGCCCGGACGACUCCCUCCUCGCCGGCGACCUCCGCCAGGGCCUGUUGCGACUCGAGCGCUGGCUAGCUGGCGACGAUCACAGCUUUCCCCAGCGAAAGUUCGAAUCACUCAUCAGCGACUGCCACGCCGUCCUUGCCACCAAGAUCACCAAACCAGGCGUGCCGGACUGGAUUCUCGAUCUCUUUGAAAGGGACCUCGAACCCCACAAGCCUCGGAGGACGCAAUCGCCUGAAAAGCUCUUCCACCUCGCCGAGGCCUUCAAGGCCACCCACCCGGGCUCUCGCUCUCACGAAUGCAUCCAGUACAUCCUAGUCAAGGGCAAGCUCCGUUCCGAAUCCUACUCGCUCGACUUCGUACGCUCGGCCGAUCGCGGGGUGGCGGACGACUUUGUCUCGCGCCCCUACUUGGGCCUCGGUCCACAGCACCUCGAACACCACCUCGCCACCUGGGAGCGCGAUUUCCGACCCAAGCUCCACUACGCAAAGGUCACGGCAGUCUUGCAGUCAUCGGGUUUUGGCAAGACUCGGCUGGUCUACGAGACGGCCAAGACGACGCUGGGCCUGUUGCUCUGCGUCAGGAAUCAAGAUACGGGCGCACCAUCGGGCGUCUCGGCACCACCCGCGGAUCAAGAGGUGCGCACGUUUUUGACGGCGGGCGAGGACCCCGGCAAGACACAGAAGAUCAAAAACGAGGUCGAGCCGUUCGAGGCCACGCGCAACAUAGCAUGCUUCCUUGCCGCCGUCGCCUUCGAGGUUUCAAGAGUCGUCCGCUCCAAGACCUCUGCGGCGUUCCCGCCGUCCGAUGGCAUGGCCAAAGAGGAGUGGCAGUCGCGAUUCGUCGCGCCAGCCUUUCGAGAGAUGCACGACGGCAUCGAGAAGGCAAGAUAUGACGCAGAAUAUUCCGGCAGCGCUCGUCACACUUUCAUUUCGCGCCUGGUGCGACAGGCCAAGGCCAUGGUCAAGUACGGCAGUUUCCUCUCUGACGUCGAGCUCGAGGACCCGGCCCUGCGCGAGGACCUGGACGAUGGCGACGCAUGGAAAAAAGGGGAUUACUGGGACAAAGAGCGACAAAAGAGCACGCUGAAAAGCAACGCCGAGUUCUUUGCCUCAAGUCUAGCCAGGUACUUCAAAAAGAGGGCCGACCCUACCGGAUCCCUCGAGGCUGCCCUUCCUACGCUGAAAGAGGCACAGCUCGCCCAGCCGCUCUUUUUCCUCGCCAUCGACGAGUGUCAGGCGCUCGGUGUCGUUCGUCUGGCCAUUGUGCGUCGCUUCUGGUCUCAUCUCGACCCCAAACGCCAGUGGAUCCUCCUGAUCGACACGCACUCGACAGUCGCCAACAUAGCUGGUCGCGAUGCCACCGACGCUUCGGAACGGUUCUUGACGCAAAACGUCCGACUAGUCAGCCCUUUUGUCAACACACCGAUCGACAGCAAAUGGACAUCUUCGGGACCCGACGCCCGCGGAACCAUCUCGAGGCUGCGCGGUGCCUCACGCUUCGAGCUGGAGCGACUCGCCCUGCUUUACGGCCGGCCUUUGUGGGAGGACCAAGUGCUCGCCCAGGCCCAAGGACCGAAGUUCGGCGGCGCUUCUCUGUGGGCGGUCGCAUGCAAGAUCCUUUGCUCCGGCGUCGAAUGGCCCUUGUUGCCGGAGGAUGAGCAACAAGCAGCUCAGCAAGUCAUCGCCGUGUUGUCGCAGAGGCUGCCUCUGACAAUCAUCGGCAUCCAGGGCAACACGGACCCUCGCACUCUUUCCGACGACAUGGUUGCCCGCCACCUGAGGAUGGUGGCCCGCGUGGGCGUCAAUGGUGACAUGGCGAUCACGUUCACGCCGUCGGAGCCCGUCUGCAGCGCCGCCGCCGCCUUGCUCAUGCGCAUGAACCCGGCGCCUCGGUGGGCUGACUGCAUCUCGGAACUUCAGCGUCGCCUGUCAUCGAGGCAUGUGCACUUUGGCGAGGAUGGCGAAGAAGUCGCGCGAAUGCUCCUUAGCAUCGCUGCCGACUUGACCGCCUCGUUUGAAAUCUGCCCUAGACUGAAGGCCACCCACAAACACAAAGGACAAGUGCAGGGGACCAUCGACCGCGAGAGGUUGGCCGCUUCCCAGGAGCUUUUCGCCCUCGAGAACAGCACGGAUCGCGGAGCCAUCCUUGAUCCGAUGCCGGUUCACUCGUGGCUGAACACGCUCUGCGGACCUCUGUCGCAGUCAGAUCGGAGCACUCCCUCGCCUCGGGAGGAGGGACAAAGUCGGCAGCCCAAUGCCACGUCCAGCGCAUGGAUGAAGUCGGCCUACAUCAACUUCACUCACUAUGCGCGCCUUGGCAAGCAGACCGCCCGCGGCUCGCCGAUUCCGCAAGAGCUGCUCGUCGACGGCUGGCUCCGACAGUGCGCCUGGCUCGGGGUCAGCAACCAGAGCGACUGGGACAUCCUGAUCCCAGUCUACACGCCGCCUGGUGCCGACACGGCGGCGGCCCAGUCGGACGGCGUGGCGGCGGCCCAGUCGGACGGCGUUGCGCACGACUGGUCAAAAGACCUGUUCGAGCCCUCAGCGAUGACGUACAUCUUCGUCCAGAUCAAGAACCGUGCGUCGUUUUCGAUGGCGUCGAUGGCACCUGAACCAGGCACAGCCGCGUUCGACAACGACCUCGCUCUGGAGCCUGCAGACGAUGCCAGUGCAGGCCGUCAGCAACUGCGGGAAGCCGGUCCAACUCAGUCGAAGCCGCCUGCGUCACAGGCAGCCUCGGGGAAGCCAAGGGGAUGGCACAGCUACCAAGCGCCCGGAAUCCUGACCCAGGAAGGGGACGUGGAGCACAAGGAGCACCUGUGGAUCUUCUUCAACUUUCGCGGCAUCAAGAGGCACGAGCCCGUCUUGUGGGACAGCCAGGCGGGCGGUCGCCACGCCUGCCUCCUCACCGGCCUGACGCACGACACCUUCCGGCUGCUGGGCUACUUCGAGGACCCGGUGGCUGCGAGGCUCGAGCGCCUCCUCGGCAUCGUCGCAGCGGAGGACGGCACAGAGCGCCGCCUUCGGCGCGUCGACCCGGCGACCUAUGCGGCGACUCAAUGCUGUGUCCAGCCGGCAAUCGUCCGUUCGUCCGUCGAAGAAGCGCUUGUCGGCAUCUCGUCCUUGGCACUCGAGUCCGACCCCUUGGCGGACCAUGCCUAG